AACGUGGGCUACAUAGAAAAUUUCAUGCUGCAGUCUUCUGGUCUGUCAGAGAUGAACUUGGGCGAUAAAAGUUCCAAUGAGCUCCUGUUCAUCAACUUUAACCAGGAUUUCAGCUGCAUUUCAGUUGGAAUAAAGAAUGGUUACAAGAUAUACAACUGCGAUCCUUUCGGCAAAUGCUACUCCAAAUCCGAUGGAGGUAUUGGCAUUGUCGAAAUGCUAUUCUGCACAUCUCUUGUCGCCCUAGUUGGAGCUGGAGAACAGCCUGCAUUCUCUCCAAGACACCUUCAGAUUAUAAACACAAAGCGACAGUCUACAAUAUGCGAACUCACUUUCCCAACCUCGAUUCUCUCCGUUAAAAUGAAUCGACGCAGAUUAAUCGUUGUUCUCGAAGAACAGAUCUUUGUUUACGAUAUCAGUAAUAUGAAGUUGCUCCACACUAUUGAUACAAGUCCUAAUCCGUCCGCGAUAUGCGCACUAUCUCCCUCCAGUGAAAACUGUUAUAUAGCGUACCCAUCACCAAGUUCGUCAACCUCAUCACCCCUGACAGGAAAUCACCUCGGGCCAUCACAGUCAUCAUAUGCUUCGGGAGAUGUCCUGAUAUUUGAUGCGCUCUCUUUGCAAGUUGUCAAUAUCGUUCAAGCUCAUAAAAGCCCAGUCAGCUGUAUCGCCAUGAAUUCAGAUGGAACGUUGCUGGCCACUGCUAGUGACAAGGGUACGGUUAUCCGAGUCUUUACCAUACCCGAUUCUCGCAAAGUGUUUCAAUUCCGCCGAGGAUCUUAUCCUACCAAGAUUUACUCUAUUUCCUUCAACCUUGUCAGCUCUCUGCUUUGCGUUUCAAGUGCCACUGAAACUGUUCAUAUCUUUAAGCUUUCCAAUGAAGGUCCGCAGGGAGGUAACAAUCGGUGGGGAGGUAAGAACGCUUCACGAGAAGAAGAUAAUAGAAGUCGCAGCUCAAGUGUUGGUCAAAUGCUUCGACGCUCUUCUAUGCACUUGGGGCGAAAUAUCGCUGGUAGUGUUGGAUCUUACCUACCGGAAGCCUUGACAGAGAUAUGGGAACCCGCAAGAGAUUUUGCCUCCCUCAAACUUCCCUCAGCGGGAGUACAAAGCAUUGUUGCUUUGAGCAAUACUACACCACAAGUCAUGGUGGUUACUUCUGAAGGAUCAUUCUAUCAAUACAACAUCGACCUGGAGAAUGGAGGAGAAUGCGUGUUGCUUAAACAAUAUAGUCUACUGGAAGAGCCGAGUGACGAUAUGAACACUGGAGUUUUGGACUAAACUAGUCAUUCAUAAUAUCACCCUUUUUUUUUUUUUUUUUUUCUCGUUUGAAACUUUUUCAGUGUUUAAAUCAUCAACUUGGCAACCCAAAAUAAUAAUACUGCUGUGCGAGUUCAUUAU